ACGCUUCUCGGAACUGAUUGUUCACACUCGUCUCUCUCUAAUCUCUAUAUCUCUCCCCCAAAAAACUCCAAAAUCAAAGGUAAAAAGAGAGAUAUCAGAGUUGCAUAUAGCAGCUACCAGCUGAUUCACAAUUUCUGCUUCUCCUUGCGACCUGCUGAUUCACAAUUUCUGCUUCUCCUUUUUAGCCUCAGCUCUGCAAUCUUUUUUCGUGCUUCCGUUCUGCUUUCGAUGCUCUGUCGCUAUGCUUGUGUAUGUGUAUGUGUUUUUGUCUCAUACAUUAGGUAGGAAUUGGGCAUAUUUUACUUUAUGAACUCGUACUUCGGGUUUUGGUGAUCGUUGAAAAAUGAACCGCGAAUCAUUAUCACCAUUAUUAUGGCGCCGAAGGCUUUCUUCAUUUACGGCGGUGUUUGCGGUCACAUCCUUGUUACUAAUCACCGGAAUCUAUACUGCAGAUCAAGUAUUGAAGGAGUUGGGAUCAGUUUUAACCGAGAAGAAAAGCUCAACCUCAACCACCGGCCACAACAAGAUUAUCUCUGUGACUCAUCGGAAACUGCUUAAUACUGCAGCAGGAAAGCGAAAAGGACAUGAGAGUGAAAAGGGUGUGGAACCAAACAGAAUAUGGAGCGACAAAUGCUCGAAAUCAGACAUAGUGAUUAGCCAAGGCGCCACGGAGCCGCUGCCCAACGGGAUCCCGACGUACACGGUGGAGAUCAUUAACACCUGCAUCUCCGGCUGCGACAUCUCCGCCAUCCAUCUCAGCUGCGGCUGGUUCAGCUCCGCCCGCCUCGUCAACCCCCACGUCUUCAAGCGCCUCCGCUUCGACGACUGCCUCCUCAACGACGGCAAGCCGCUCCGUAACGGCCGGACACUCUCUUUCCAGUAUGCCAACACCUUCCGUUACGCCCUCUCCGUUUCCUCCGUUAGCUGCUGAAGUACUGACCCAGGAUAUAUAUAACAUAUGUAUAUAGAGAGUUGACAAAAAAAGUUAGGUGAAUUUUUGGGGCAUAUAUUCUCUCAUGGAGUUCGGUUUACAAAAAAAACUCCUUUUCGUGAAAAUUGUAAAUGGGAUUUUGAUUUGUUCGAGAUGGAUUAGUUUUUUUGGAAUAUGGGAAGAGAUAUUGAGAAUUGAGAAGGGAUUUUGUUGAGUGAGAGUGAGAGGUGACAGCUUGUGGAUUAAUUUCCAUGUUUUUGGGUUGGGAUGUAUAUAGAAUAUCGAAAGUUCCCACAGACCAGAAAAAAGUC